AUGGUCUCUACCCAGUCUUUCCUUAGCGUGCUUUUCACACACGCAUUCUUCAAUGGGGAGGAAUGCUCUCUCAUUGAUUACAACUCGAGGGCUUCCUACGCUUUGAGAUGUCUUGAUCGCGAUAUUGGUGGCAUUGUAGCAUCCCUUUCGCACAAUUUGCGUUCCGCAUCUCUUGCUGAUUGCUCUCUAUCUCUUGCGGCGCUGAGAACUCGUCCUGUGGCUAAGCAAUGGGAAAGAAAUCCUCUCGUGGGCCACACUCACGCUGGUGAUGACAUUGACGCGCGUUAUCCGGGCUACCGCUCUGACGAAAAAUGGGAUCUCGAUGCUCCAACUGGCCCAACAUGA